AGAACGAAACAUGUCUGGGCGUGGCAAAGGCGGGAAGGGGCUGGGCAAGGGAGGUGCUAAGCGCCACCGCAAGGUCCUGCGAGACAACAUCCAGGGCAUCACUAAGCCCGCCAUCCGGCGCCUGGCUCGCCGCGGCGGCGUCAAGCGCAUCUCCGGCCUCAUCUACGAGGAGACCCGCGGGGUGCUCAAGGUGUUCCUGGAGAACGUCAUCCGGGACGCCGUCACCUACACGGAGCACGCCAAGCGCAAGACGGUCACCGCCAUGGACGUGGUUUACGCGCUCAAGCGCCAGGGCCGCACCCUCUACGGCUUCGGUGGCUCAGAGGCGGAAUGUUUCCCUUUCAACAGGAUUAAACUGGGAGCCAAUCCCUUUGCUAUGGCAAGAACGAAGCAGACGGCCCGCAAGUCCACCGGCGGCAAGGCUCCGCGCAAGCAGCUGGCCACCAAGGCGGCUCGCAAGAGCGCCCCGGCCACCGGCGGCGUCAAAAAGCCGCACCGCUACCGGCCCGGCACCGUGGCCCUGCGCGAGAUCCGGCGCUACCAGAAGUCCACCGAGCUGCUGAUCAGAAAGCUGCCGUUUCAGCGCCUGGUGCGCGAGAUCGCGCAGGACUUCAAGACAGACCUGCGCUUCCAGAGCUCCGCGGUGAUGGCGCUGCAGGAGGCCUGCGAGGCCUACUUGGUGGGUCUCUUUGAGGACACCAACCUCUCGCUUGUUGUAAUCAUGUCUGGCCGCGGCAAAGGCGGGAAGGGCCUGGGGAAAGGCGGCGCCAAGCGCCACCGCAAGGUGCUGCGAGACAACAUCCAGGGCAUCACCAAGCCCGCCAUCCGGCGCCUGGCUCGCCGCGGCGGCGUCAAGCGCAUCUCCGGCCUCAUCUACGAGGAGACUCGCGGGGUGCUCAAGGUGUUCCUGGAGAACGUCAUCCGGGACGCCGUCACCUACACGGAGCACGCCAAGCGCAAGACGGUCACCGCCAUGGACGUGGUUUACGCGCUCAAGCGCCAGGGCCGCACCCUCUACGGCUUCGGCGGCUGAGCGUUUCUCGUUUGUCACCAAAAGGCCCUUUUCAGGGCCCCCUACUUUUUCAACGGAGGAGUGGUAACGCUGGGUCUGGUUGGGCGUACAUUUUACAUGUUUCUGUAAGUUUUGGGGCUAAGAAUUUAAUGACCACUUAAUGUAGCCACUCGGCUGUGACCACUAACGAGGAGUCGCAAUGUGCUCUUUCAGUAUUUGCUCCAAGCGUGUUGGCUCAGCUUGUAAUCCCAGCACUUUCUAAGGCCGAGGCAGACGGAUCACAAGGUCAGGAGUUCGAGACCAGCCUGGACAACACGGUGAAGCCCUGUCAAAGUACAGAAAAUUAGAUGGUCGUGGUGGCACGAGCUUGUAGGCCCAACCGUUCGGGACGCUGGGGCAGGAGAAUCGCCUGAACCCGGGAGGCGACGUUGCAGAGGGGAGCAGAAAUCCUGUCACUGUUACUUCAGGCUGGGCAACAGGAGCUGAACUCCGUCUCAAAACAAAAUGCCUUGGUUAAAAAGUUCGUGAGGCUGUUUUGUCUAUGUAAUAGGGCAAAUACACACACAACGUGCUAUAGCAGUAACAAGUCUGGUAGUUGGAAAUAUUUUUUGAAAAGACCCCAAGUCCAAAAGUAUUUAGGUUACUUUUGUCUUUUCUGGGACAGUCUAGCUCUCAUGCAGGCUGGAGUGCAGUUGGCACGAUUUUGGGUCAUUGCAGCGUCCACCUCUUAAAUUCAACUGAUAUUCCUGCUUCAACCUCAGCCUCCCAAAUGCCUGGGAUUACAGGGUGUGCUACCACACCCACCUAAUUUUUGCAUUUUAAUAGAGAUGGUGUUUUGCCAUGUUGGCUAGCUGGUCUCAAACUAGCCUCAAGUGGUCCACCCACCUCGGCCUCCCAAAGUGCUGGGAUUACAAGCAUCAGCUACUGCACCUGGCCUUGUAAAGGAUUUAAAGAGAUUUUUACUUUCCUCCACCCUCAUUAAGGUCUGAUAAAUUACAACAUGUACAAUCUGAUCUGACAUUGAUUGUGGAAUGAUUAAAUCCAGCUUGACAUCCAUCUAAUUUUCUGUGGUGAGAACAUUGCAGUUUUCAAGUAUACAGUUCAUGACCUAGUGUCACCAUGCUUUACAAUAGACCUCCAGAAUUUGUACCUCCUGGGUCCCAUUGGACCUCCAUCCUCGUUCUCUGGCAACCACCAUUUUACUCUUGAGUUCAACAUUUUUAGAUUCCUUGUGUAAGUGAGAUCAUACAACAUUUGUUUUUCUGUGCCUGGCUUGUUUUACUUGGCAUAGUGGUCUCCAGUUUCAUCUGCGCUGUAAGAAAUGGCAAGAUUUAUUUUUAAGGCUGAGUAGUAUUCCAUUGUGUAUAUGACAUUUCCUUGUAACCAUUCAUCUGGCAUUGGACACUUAGGUUGAUUUAUUGAGAUAGCUUUAUAAGUUUAUCAAUGGAAUCUAGUGAGCAAAGCUAAUUUUUUUGUGUGUCAUUGGGGAUAUCAAAAGAUCUGGAAGGACAACACAUAGUCACAUUGAUUCAGAUUAAGCAAAAGUACAGAACUUUGUGGUUCAAGUAAUUACUACAGUGGAAUUUUAAUUAUACUGCUUUUAUUUAAAUUUUUGUUAAGGCAAAAAAAUAUAUAUUUUACAUGAAAAAUAGUUUUAAAUCCUGAAAAGUCAGAUCUAGAACUGCUGAGUCUAAAUAAAAAUUUCUGGACAUAAAUGAUGUCUUUUUUUUUUUUUUUUGAGACAUUGUCUUGCUCUGUUGCCCAGGCUGGAGUGCAGUGGUGCGAUCUCAGCUCACUGCAACCUCUGCCUCCCAGGUCCAAGUGAUUCUCCUGCCUCAGCUCUGGAGUAGCUGGGAUUACAGACACCACACCUGGCUAAAUUUUUGUAUUUUUCAGAGAGACAGUUUUCACUGUAUUAACCAGCAUGGUCUCGAUUUCCUGACCUUGUGAUCCACCUGCCUCAGUCUCCCAAAGUGCUGGGAUUACAGGUGUGAGCCACUGCUCCGGGCCAAAAAUAAAUUUUAAAAGUUAAGACAUAAAUGUUGUUUUAUAACUUUACACCGCCAAAGCGAUGUGACAUGGUGAAAAGUUUAAGCAUGAUCAUAAGCAGAUUAUUUGCAGUCAAAUCUGUAAUAAUCAUAUUACCCGUGUGGGAUCUUCGGUUGUCCUUUCUGAGUCUCUAUUUUUGUAAACAAUUAUGUGAUGAUGAUGGUACCUUGCUCUAAGGGCUGUUGCGGGGAUUAAAUGUGUUUGGCCAGGCUGGAUGAGUGGCUCACGCCUGUAACUGUUUUUAGGGAGGCAGAGGUGGAAGGAUAGCUUGAACCCAGGAGUUGGAGACCUGCCUAAGCCAUAUAGUGAGAUCCUGUUCUCCACAAAUAAGGGGGGAAAAAAAAACCAGUCAAGUGUAAAUGUAUUGGUAAAUAAAAAGCAUUCAGAACACUUUGACAAUAGUACAUAGAAUGUGAAACACUUAGCAUUAUUCAUUUAGCUAGGCCUGCAAUUGCAUCUGACCAUCAUCCCUGGGCAACAGCAAUAUUUUGUUGUUGGUGGUGGUGGUGAGACUGUCACUCAGACUGGAGGGCAGAGGUGUGAUCUUGGCUUACUGGAACCACCGCCUCCCAGGUUCAAAUGAUUCUCAGCCUCAGCCUCCCAAGUAGCCGGAAUUACAGGUGUGCGCCACCAUGCCCAGCUAAUUUUUCUAUCUUUAGUAGAGACUGCGUUUCAACCAUGUUGGCGAGGCUGGUCUCCAACUCCUGGCCUAAAACUGUCUGCAAGCCUUGGCCUUGCAACGUGCUGGGAUUAUAGGCAUGGUGGGGCCCAGAGAGCAACCUUUUCUAACCCCAUUGCAGUCCUCUAGAUUCAGCCAGCUAUUGCAUAAUUAGUUCUUGUCUAUUAUGAAGCCGUAAGAAAUACCUGUCAAAUGCAUUUUUUCCACACAAUUUUUGCAAAUGGAGACGUCUCAUUUCUAUAGCAUCAUACCUUUAAGUGUGUACUCACAGUCUGAGUGGUAAAUGACAGGCAAUAUCCCUCCCUGUCCUUGUGAGGAUGGCUACAGCAUGACUGGAUAGGUUUGCUAUUUUUGUCUUUUUCUGUGUUCUCACUACUGUUUUAUUAAUCUCAGCUUUCCACAGGGUAGCACAAAUUUUAGUAGAAAGAGAUCCAGCCAUGUGGACCAGAGAUUUUUCUAAGUAACAGCACGUAAGAAUCAAAGUUUUUUGUUUAAAUACCAACAGGUUCUUUCCUUAAACCAGUUAUUUUUUAAAUCUAACCCACGAGAUGAUAGUAUCCUUGAACCAAUUAAAUCAAUCUCUGGAGUUAGAUAACCUCAAAUAUAAUUUAUUAGCACUUCUCGUUACUCACUGAGCCUAGAGACCUUUAAGUUUACGUAGUAGGAAUCUCACUUUUAAUAGCUUAUCAACUUCAACUCAGAACACUCAAGUUGAGAAAUUCUCAGCGGCAAAGCUCUGACCCACGUUAAGUGACAAAGGGUAAGACAGUCCUUGUUUUGAUGCUCCUUUGUUGUACCGAGAAACUACAUAUUCUAUUUGAGGACUCAAAUUCUCACCUUUCUGAAGAAUUGGGGCCCAAACUGGCAAGUUGAACUCAUUUAUGGACCACGGAUUAAAGACUGUUGCUUAAAAAGACCUUGCUACCAACGUGUGUGCAGUAGGAUUCACGGUGCCAGAAACCCGACAACCGUUUCUUUCUUCCCCAGCUAUACUGCGUAAGUGCCCCUUUAAAAAUGAGCAAUUAACUCUAAGACCCCAAGAGCACCCCGGCCAGGCGUACGUUACUGACUCUUGUACUGUCAACAUUAGGUCUAGGAGAGGAUCAUCUGAGGCCAGGAUGGUUUCGAAACCAGAAUGGGAAACGCAGGGAAAUGCAGUCUCCAAAAAAAUUCGCCUUGCAUGGUGACGCGCCCGAGGUUCCAGCCAGCCGGAGGCUCCAGGAAAACGUAAUGGUGACGCGUCCUACAGUCUAGCACCCCAUGUUAACUUCCGGAGCAUUUAAAGCUGGAGCCUCUGCUGGAGCGCGAGGACGGAUACCUACUUCAGCGACUAGGGACGCAUGCUCCGACGGCGGCGCACUCAGCAGGAGCGAACUAACAGCAAAAAAAACUAACGAGCAUCACGGCUCCUCAGAGACCAAGUUUUGCUGUCCUUGACCAGGCUAGAGUACAAUGGCACAAUCUCUGCUCACCACAACCUCCGCCUCCAGAAUCAAGAUAUUCUCCUGCCGCAGCCUCCCGAGUAGCUGGGAUUACAGGGUCACCAUUGAUCUAGGCACCAUGGGGUGGCAAAAAGAAAAAUGAAACCCAGUCUCCACUCCACAUGCCUUGUAAAAAUGAGAUAUAGUCGUCAACACCUCCAAUAUUGGCUCACACAGCCCCAUGCUAUAGCAGUGGGUUAGCGUACUCCAGGUAUGUGGGGAAAGUAAAAUGAAUUUACGUAUGGGUAAAACAACUCAAGAAAGAACUUUUAAAUAAUGGUUUUUUAAGUAUUCUGUAACCAAAAUAUGAAUUUUAUCUCUUCUAAAAAGACUGUACAUACAUAAAAAGAUUGUGUAGACUCCAAAAUUCCAUUGUGUUCUAUUUAACAUUAAACAUAAGGGCAGGGUACAGUGGCCCACACCUGUAACCCCAACGUUUUGGAAGGCCAGGGCAGGAGGACCACCAGAGCUCAGAAGUUUGAGAACAGCCUCAGCGACCUGGUGAAACACCAUCUCCACCAAAAAAGAUAAAAAAGUUAACCGGGCGGGGUGGCCUGUGCCUGUAGUCCCAGCAACCCAGGAGGCUGAGCUGGGAGGAUUGCUUGAGCUAGGGGAGGUCAAGGUGUGGUGAGCAAUGAGUGUCCCACUGCAGUCCAGCCUGGGCAACAGAGUGAGACCCUGCCUCAAAAACAAUAAUAAACAAUUUUACCAAAAUUUCUGGAAAGUAUUUUCCUAAUUUUUUUUUUUAGAUAAGGUCUUGCUCUUUCACCUGGGCUGGAAUGCAGUGGGGUGAUCUCAGCUCACUGCAACCUCUGCCUCCCGGGUUCAAGCGAUUCUCCUGCCUCAGCCUCCCAAGCAGCUGGGAUUAUAGGUGCAUGCCAUGACACCCAGCUAAUUUUGUAUUUUUAUAGAGAUGGGGUUUCACCAUGUUAGCCAGACUGGUCUCGAUCUCCUGUCCUCAAGUAAUCUUCCUGCCUCAGCCUCCCAAAGUGUUAGGAUUGCAGCACUCAGCCUAACUUUAAAAAUCUUUUGAGCUUUAAUUUUUUUCUAACAUGAUAUUGAUGUAUCAAGAAUAGAUGCUUUGUCUAAUGAGAUUGCAUUAUUGGGGCUCAGAAACCGGUACCCCAAAAUAAGGAGCCUUGACAGACUGAACUGAAGAAGAACCUUCAAGGUCUUUCUGACCUCCCUCCUUCUCCUGUCGCUCAUUUCUUUGUCUAUCUGAAAGCACAAGAUGAAGUUGUCCUUUAAAAUUCCUUUAUCUCUCUAAGUAUAGAUCUGCGGGGGCGGGGGGAGGGGGGGGACAGUUACUUCUGGUCUCUUCUCUGAGUUUUCAUUAACUGAAAACUCAUAUCCCAAAAAGAAAGACUGAAGUCUGUCAACACACUAUAACAAACUUUUGUCACAAACCAUUGUUUGCUCUGUGGGCCAAACAGACUUUGUCCCAGGCUAUUAUAUGUUAUUCAAGCCUAUUGAAUUCCCCUAAAAAUCAUGUAAUACCCUGCUAAAGUCAUCCACACUUCCCCAUCUCCCUUUUCCCUAAGAAGCAUAUGUAAUCCUCUAUAUUCUAUUAGAUGAGGUUGGGGGUGGGGAGCAGUAAUCACUGAUUCUCCCCCAUGCACAUUAAUAAAUUUCGAUGCCUUUUCUCCUAUUAA